AGCAUUCUUCCAUCGUCCAUUCCGCUCGCCCCCCUCUGCCUCCCGGCCCGCUGGUCAACCCUCCGUCGCUCCGAGUCUCAAUCUUUCCGACCCCGCUCGCUCACCGAGAGCUUCGACCCCCGACACAACAUAACAUGAACCUCUUUGGAAAGGCAAAGGCAAAGCCCAACGCGAAGGAUGCCAUCGUCAAGUUGAGGGAGACCCUGGAGAUGCUGGACAAGCGCGAGAGCUAUCUGCAGACAAGGAUCGACAAUGAACUCAAGCUUGCCCGGGCCAACGCCUCCAAAAACAAGAAAGUCGCUCUGAUGGCCCUGAAGAAGAAGAAGGUGUACGAAGGCCAGAUGGAGAAGCUCUCCCAGACCAAGUUCACCAUCGAGCAGCAGGUCAUGACAAUCGAAAAUGCCAACGUCAACCUCGAGACCAUCAAGGCUCUGAAGACCGGAGGCGAUACCCUGAAAGCCAUUCACGGCGAGCUCAAUGUGGACAAGGUCGAUAACGUCAUGGACGACAUUCGCGAGCAGAUGGACGUUGCCAACGAAAUCAGCGAAGCCAUCUCGCAGCCCACGUUCGGCCAGGAGCUGGACGAAGACGAGCUCAACGCCGAGCUUGAGCUCUUGGAGCAACAGGAGCUCGACAAUACGCUCUUGGACACCUCCAGGAUCACCAGUGCGCUCCCGUCGCUCCCGAACGUCCCGACAACAAACCCCGCCGUCGCCAACCCGCCUCGUCCUGUCCGCGCUCAACCUGUUCUUGACGACGACGAAGCCGAACUGGCCGAGCUGAAGGCCUCCAUGGCCUUAUAGCCGCGCCGCGCCGUCUGGAUGCUGCCGCCGUAAUCUUCGAUACCGACGCAAGCUCCCCCCCCCUCAAAUGCGACGAAGCUGCGGUAUCUGCUCACCUGCGCCGACAGCCCAAGAUCAUAUUCUCUGCUCAAGACAUUACUUCCCACCUCCUCUCCUUCCCUCCUCACAGCACCAUAUCUAGCCACAGCCAUGCAACGACGCUCUCGCCCUCAGUUCGCCGAUGAAGACGAGGCCCCCAAUACCGUGAUAGCUU